AUGGCCAGGAAACAAAAAACAAUCCCGAUCAGGAGGAAGGCGGCGGUCCCUGCAGCCGAUGCAGCCGCUGUAGCUGCAGCCCAGCCGGCCACGCCGUUGCCAUCUACACGCCCGACUUUCCCACCGGGCGAUGCCCGGAGUGUGUUGUCCGCGAUUCGCUGGGGUAGUCAGAAGGGUGGUGGAUUGGAGAGACCCCCUUACCCCCCUAACCUCGCUCCGUGGUCUUCUCCUUUGGCCGCCAGGAGCCAGUCUAAGUCCCAGAAUGGCAAACAUAUUGCCACCGAGAAAAACAAGCGCGGCGGCCACAGCAAGAGGCCCGUUCCCGUAGAUGACGAUGACGAAGACGAUGACCAGGAGAAUGACGAGCCGCAAUUCCUCCAAGUGAAGCGGAGGUUAUACCCUGUUAAAGACCUAAUUUCGCCGUCGCCUUCGAAGCGCAGAGCCCUCGUCACGAGCCCCGUUCUUUCUCAGCCGCAGAUUCCUGCCGACAACCAGCCAGGCGGCUCGUCUCAUAAUGCCCCCGGCACCAGCUACGCCGGCCACAACAACACCGGCGGGGCCGUCGGCAGCACGACUAACACGGCUGCUGACAAAACUACCAGCAAGAACGUCGACAACACCACCUGUGGACAAGAUUUCCCCAUGAACCCUCGUAUGGCCAACUUUAUGGCCGAGUACAAUGUCCCCGGUCGGGCCAAGCCCAGUGUGCCCACCGACGGCAAAGAAACCCACGUCGCCCCCAGCCGUAGCAACAACAACAAUAACAACAGCGGCAACAGCAACAAAUUCGGCUACCACGGCAGAAAAAACAACAACAACCCGGCCCCCCAGGGCAGCGACUAG